AUGGCCUCUGCACCUUCAAUCACCGCUCUUGUGUCAGACCCUGUAAACAAGCAGUCGUUCAAUGAUGCUCCGCACCAGAACGGCGAUAUCCAUCCUUCUAAGCCAGCGGAGGAUUCUACUUUGAUCAAGUCAACCGACGCGAACUCAUCAGAGACCCGCGCUACAGCCAAUGGGAACCUCAAUGAAAUCCUAUCAGGACAUAAAGCAGAUGAACCCAAUGUUGGCGAGAAGCGAGAGCUUGAAAAGCUCACCACCACGAAACCCGGCGUUGAGGGAGUGCCAGAGCGCGACUCUAAAAAACAGAAAAUAAACGAGGAUGCAUUCGCCGCUAAUGCUGCAUCUGCCCCUGCACAGCCAGAGAAAGUUGAGCCUAGCCAGACUGCACCGCAGAAGAAAAAAGGUGGACGACCCAGGAAGACCAAGGAUACGGUCAAGAAAGACAUCCCUACAGAUGGCAUCGGAAGUCGUACCCGCAGCCGCACCAAGAUCAUUGUUUGA